AUGCAAUUUUGGGAUUUGUCCAUUGUAAAGCUCUCAGAGCCGCCGGAGAUAACGCCGCCGUUCAUUCACAAAUGCAAGACCAUUUCUCAGGUCAAGCUCAUUCACGGAAAGCUACUCUCCUUCGGAAUCCUAACACUGAAUCUCACUUCCCACCUCAUCUCCACCUACAUCUCCCUCCGUUGCUCACCUGCUGCCGUAUCCCUCCUCCGUCGCUUUCCUCCGUCCGACGCUGGUGUCUACCACUGGAAUUCUCUCAUUCGCGUCUACGGCGAUAAUGGCCGCGCCGGCGAAUGUCUCUCUUCGUUCUGCCUUAUGCAUUCUCUUUCGUGGACGCCGGACAAUUACACAUUCCCCUUCGUCUUCAAGGCAUGCGGUGAGAUCGCCUCCAUUCGUGGUGGAGCGUCUGCCCACGCGCUUUCUCGGGUCACCGGAUUUACGCAGAUGCUGUCUUCCGGGGUAAAACCAAACGAAGUCACGCUUAUCUCGGUUCUCUCAGGUUGUGCUUCCGUUGGAGCAUUGAUGCAUGGUAAAGAGAUUCAUUGUUAUGCAAUCAAACAUCCCUGUAAGAAUGUUCAUGGUGAUGAUAACAUGGUCAUCAAUCAGCUGAUUGACAUGUAUGCUAAGUGCAAAGAAGUCGAAGUAGCCCGUGCUAUGUUUGAUUCACUUUCUCCCAUGGAAAGGGAUGUUGUGACAUGGACCGUGAUGAUCGGUGGAUACUCCCAGCAUGGGGAUGCGAACAAAGCUCUCAAACUUUUCUCUGAGAUGUUCGAGCAAGACUACCGAACAAGACCAAAUGCUUUUACUAUAUCAUGUGCCCUUGUGGCGUUUGAGGGAUCAGCCAAGAUGAGUGACAAUCUUAUGGACAAAGUUACCGCAUUUGGUGAGCCCCUGAAGAUUGGAGGUGAGCAACAAAAUCAGUUGGGAACCUGAGUGGGGGAUAUGAAUUUGAAGAAUGUGUAAUAUGAUAAAUGAAGAGAUAAUCAAUAGCGUUGAGUUGAUCAUGUGGAAUAAAGAAGAGGAUAAUGAUGAAGCAGCCGAGAAUUCAAUACCUUGCCUUGGUUUUGCUUGAGACGUGUGGCGUUCUUAGAGGUGGCAGCAGAGAGAUGGAGAUGGAGAUGAUGAAGAGAACGUGGGAAAAAGGAAAAAGGAGCAAGCCUAUGACUAGGCUCAUCUAUGUGUAUAAUGCCUUUUGUUUCUUCCUUUUGAAAUCUUAUGGAUUUGUUCAAAUCUAUCUUCUGGUUUACAGGUCUCGUUCAAGAUCGGUAAGCUUUUUAAGCAAAACAGAAAACACAAAUCAUCUACUUUGAUCCUCUGUAUGUGAUGGCUCAGCUGAAGACAUGUUUUUUUAUAGAAAUUAGUCAUAGCCCAAAAA